ACUUCACAUCAACCAAACCUACUUCUGUCUCUCUCUCUCUCUAUCUCUUACGCUCUAACAGAAAAAAUUAGAAAGGUUGUGAGAAUGGCGGCUACAGCAGCUUCAAGCUUGCAAAUUGCUACACGAAGGCCGAGCAUUUCUUCGCCUUGUAAAGUUCUUAAAGCAGGGACCUACAUUGUUGGUGCCAAUCCUGGAAACGCUUCAUGGGAUAAACUUUCAUGCACUCGCCAUUUAUCAAACCUUGGAUGUUUGAGAAACCACAGUGCUGUUCCAACUUCAAAAAGACCCUUUUCCUUUUCCACAAAGGCGAUGUCGGAAUCCAGUGAAAAUAAGGCUUCUUCAGGGCUUCCAAUUGAUUUGAGAGGAAAAAGAGCUUUCAUUGCUGGUAUAGCGGAUGAUAAUGGAUAUGGUUGGGCCAUAGCAAAAUCUCUUGCUGCUGCUGGAGCUGAAAUAUUGGUUGGGACAUGGGUUCCUGCACUUAAUAUUUUUGAGACAAGCUUGAGACGUGGAAAAUUCGACCAGUCACGAGUGUUGCCAGACGGGUCAUUGAUGGAGAUUAAGAAGGUUUAUGCUUUGGAUGCUGUGUUUGACAAUCCUGAAGAUGUGCCUGAAGAUGUGAAAACGAAUAAGCGAUAUGCAGGGUCAUCAAACUGGACCGUACAGGAAGCUGCUGAAUGUGUGAAAAAAGAUUUUGGAAGCAUCGACAUUCUUGUCCAUUCCCUUGCAAAUGGGCCAGAGGUUAGCAAACCUCUUCUGGAGACAUCGAGGAAAGGCUAUCUCGCUGCUAUCUCUGCUUCGAGAGGUGCUUCAAUAUCUCUUACUUACAUUGCCUCUGAAAGAAUCAUUCCUGGGUAUGGUGGAGGGAUGAGUUCUGCCAAAGCUGCACUAGAGAGUGAUACAAGGGUGCUUGCAUAUGAAGCUGGAAGGAAAUCAAACAUUAGGGUCAACACCAUCUCUGCGGGUCCUUUGGGAAGCCGAGCAGCAAAAGCCAUUGGGUUCAUAGACACCAUGAUUGAGUAUUCCUACAAUAAUGGGCCUAUUCAGAAAACAUUGACCGCAGAUGAAGUUGGGAAUGCAGCAGCCUUCUUGGCAUCGCCACUGGCCUCUGCCAUAACCGGUGCAACCAUCUAUGUGGACAAUGGCUUGAAUGCAAUGGGCGUUGCACUAGACAGCCCGGUGUUCAAAGACCUCAACAGCAAGAACUAGGGUCUUGAUCGGCGACUGAACUCGAGAAAUUCCAUUUCGUGAGCUUGCUUGUUUGUCUUUAUGAGUUAGUAUGUACGGCAUAUGAUCCCCAUCGGCUGUCUUUCUUUCUUUAAGAGAAUAAAUUAUGGUUCUAGGU